AUGACAGGCGGUCACAGUCAUGCAAACCAGCCCAUCAACAUCGUGAACUCAAACUACUUCCGUUACGGCACUUCGGUGUACCAAAAGCUGUACAACGGCGAAAGCGAUUGUUCGACGCAAAACUCAGCAAAUGAGCUGAAUGAGACAACGCCUCCGGCAGGUUCCGGGACCAGCGCUGACAGCGAUAACACAACAUCAAAGUUCAAGCGCAAGUAUAGAUCGCUUCUGCAGAACUAUGGUGGUAAUCCGUCCUCCAAGGCCAAGCGUUUUAUCGGCAAGCUUCAUGACCACGGGUCCAGCGACUCGUUCUCACUCUUCUCGCUGAGAAGCACACAUUCGAACAGGAACCUGCCUUCGGGCCACUCCAAAUCUGCUCUGCCUGGGGGCCCGCAGCACGAAGCCAUCUCUGAAGAGGCCCGUCCUUUUGCCGAUAUUAAAUCGCUACCCGUGGAGAUUUUGGCUCUUGUAAUAAGAAACUUUUUGAAGAAUGCGUGCUACGAGGACGCCAGAACACUGGUUCGCUGCUUGUAUGUGAGCAGGGACUUCUACGAGGCUACCAAGGUCGUGCUCUAUGAGGCGCCGGGCUUCACGUCGACCUACCGCGUUGCCCAGUUCGUGACUUGCUUGCGAGUUCACCCCCAGAAUGGACUGCUAGUGCGGCAUUUAGAUUUGUCGAUGCUCAAAAACGGAGUAAUAGAGGACCAGUCUGGAAGCUUCGAUGACGACGAGCACAGUGUUGGAGAGACGCGUAUACCAGUGCGUAGGAGAAGCACAGCAGACAGCGUUCUGGAGGAAGGAGACGAGGAAGACGACGAAAACGAAAGAAACAGCAACCGUGCCAACGGGGAGCUGGAGCGCGCGACCACGCCGGUGGCUGAUGACCUCCCCGAUAUAGCAUGGGCUGGCUGGCGCGACUGGAGGUACAGAUUUGAUCCUCUCUAUGGCAACCAGCUGCUCUCGUGCUGCAGAACGUUGAAGAGGGUAAGUUCGAGAUCCUCUUCGAUACACUCCAACGGCACAACUGGUACCGGCUCGGCCUCGGGAUAUGGCUUGCGCCGAUCGCACAGGUCCAACAGCUCGGUGAGCUCUUUCACCAGUAGCAUCAUGUCCUCUAUCUACAACUCAUCCUCACUGUCAUCGCUCAACCUGCUGUCGACACAUGAUCCCGUAUGCGCAGACGGAUCCAGUAGCUGGUUCAACAAGUUAUUCAGCGGCAAGCGCACACCGAAGCAGAAGUACCAAAAUUAUGUGAAAGCCAGGGUUAAGAAGAGCGAAAGCUCCGAGGCCGUGGCCACACCUCAAGACGAGAACGCCAAAACGUGCGUCAAGUUCUCGGUGCAAGCAAUUACAAAAAACCAGCCGUACCACGAGCGCCAUCCCUUGACAAACAAAUACUUGCUAAAAUUCGCGCUGUCAAAGGAUUUGCCAUUGGGUUAUAUUUUCCAUCUCGUUCGCCUCUGCCCCAAUAUGACUCUUUUAAAUUUGGCGAACCUCAACAUUUCUUCUGACUUUGAGGUACAGUUGCGAAAGGACCCAAGCGAGAUCCGCACAACUUCACUUUUGCCUAAUGUCCAGGAGAUUAUAUCAGAUGAAGAUGCGUUUAUAGGCAGAAACCUGGAGGUCAUUUACCUCACAGACUCGAGUAAAGGUUAUUCCUACUAUGAGGGCACCGUAGGAAACCCUAGGAAAAGGUUAGAAGAUUUGCAUUUCGGGUCACCUUACUCAAUGACCGGAGAGUCUUGGAUCUCUUCAAACUAUCCGCCUCCGAUCGAUGAGCGAACAAAAUUCAGGGGCCAAAGAAACCGUCACAAUAUGCAAAAUAACUUUAGCUUGGUUAAGUUGGAGGUCCGAAGCUUGUUUGCUUUGAUUCACGGGUCAUUACCCAGAUUGGAAAAGUUGUUCCUUGACAAUGUUGUUUGGUGUAGCCAAAUGGAUGUCAAAGGCUUUGUGUUCUCGUGUUUUCCACAGAAACCUGCUUUACACGUUAGUUUCAUCCACGCCGGAAUGAGCAGGAACAUGAACUGGGCUUCCAGUGGUUCGAUUCAUGACUUCGUGGCAAUUUUGAUCCUCGGUGAAAUCAUGGAUCGCGACGACCUCUUCUUGGAAGAUCUGUUUAACGUUCGCACAGACAGGUACAAUUACGGAGGUCUAUCGCACGACAACCGUCUUGUGGGUCGUUCCAACAUCUUAACCGUGACGACUUAUGCGGGUGAAGAAUUAAAAUGUGUUUUGCAAAUCCGCCGCAGUUCCAUAAUGGCAGUGAAGACCAUUUUGGACCGCGACAACAACAUUUUGUGCAACGUUAACCUGAACAGCCUAGCACAAGUAUCUAAUCCAAGCACCAUUCGGAUCAGAGACCUUACUCAGCAUUUAACUGAGAGGCUCGAAGAUUUGCGUGCCGCUGACUUGAGAAGACAUAUAGGAGAGAACCAGUAUGCCAUUCACUAA